GAGAGCCGUGGAUCAGCGGCGUGACGACAGGCCCGAAGCCGAAGGUCAGCUCCUCUCGGCGGCUUCACGACGCGCAGAACCCGGUGUGCUGUGACCGCGUGGUGAACACUAUGGACGACUACGAGAACUUCAGCGCGGCGGACAAAGCGGAGGCGACGGAGCUGCAGCGGAUGAUCGCCAUCGAGCAGCAGAAGGCGCAGUUCCAGGCGCAGGUCCACACCUUCACCGACGUGUGCUGGGACAAGUGUGUGGACUCCCCGGGCUCCAAGCUGGACCACCGGACGGAGACGUGCCUGGUGAGCUGCGUGGAGCGCUUCAUCGACACCACGCUGAGCAUCACCAACCGCUUCACCCAGAUGGUGCAGAAGGGGGCCCACUGAGGAAGAGGAAGAUGAGGAAGAUGGUGGAGGACUACUAGAUGAAUUAAAUGUUUUGAUUUGAUA